AUGGAGAAGAAACCGACGGCCGAUUCGAGGCCGUCGGCAGAUCUCUCCCAAGACCCUUAUCAGGAGACCAUACCGUCCAAAGAGACAACGAAUGACAUGGAUACCAAUUUUCAUUCUUUAUCGCCGCCCACGAACUCGCCUCUUGACAUCGAACAAAAAGACGAAGAAGCAGACAUCCCUCCGAUCUCAGAGGCAGAACAAAAGCAACCGGUGGUGGUGCCGCGACUGAAACGUAGAGGCCUUUUCGGUCAGCUCACGUUGCUCGCCGAAAUUGAGAACCCGAAGACUUACCCUCGCAAGAAGAAGUGGUUCAUUACUUUUAUCGUCGCAGUAGCCGGGGCGACGGCACCUAUGGGCAGUUCUAUAUUCUUCCGUAAGUUGACGAGUCUAAUUUGUCGCGGCGAUAUCCUCUACUUCUUUCUAUUCAACCGCAAAUGCAUAUACCCUUUACUACAACAUUUACCAGGCUGA